AGAAGCCCAGCCGGACUUCAUUCAGCAGCGCUGUGAGUGAUUUUAAUGGCGAGGGCUUGUUUGCGGAGCGCUCAGACAGACGCGCUUCAUCUUCGAGACAGAAAGUGGCCUCGACGUGUUUGUAUUUUGUAGCUCCGGACACUCCAGCGUGUUCUAAUGCGCCGUGCUCUUGAGAAGCUCUGGGGGUCUUGAAGGCAUCUCGGGCAGUUGGGAUGGACAAGGUCAUUAACUGCUUCAGCAAGCAGCCGGACGCUGUAGCCAGGCUGAUUUGCUUCCCUUGGGCAGGUGGAGGCUCCAUCCACUACGCUCGCUGGGGGAGGCUCCUUAACAGCUCUGUUGAAGUUUAUUCAGUCAGACUGCCAGGCAGAGAAGGCCGAGCUAAAGAGCCAUUCUUCCAGCACAUGCAGCAGAUCCUUGAUGAGGUCAUUAAUGUGCUGUUGCCAGAACUGAGGGAGAAACCGUUUGCCCUCUUUGGACACAGCUUUGGUGCCAUGACCAGCUAUGCCUUUGCUGAGCAUGUGAAGAAAGUUCACAGUCUUGAACCAGUGCACGUGUUUCUUUCUGGGGCUUCUGCACCUUACUCUGAAACCAGAUUACAGGCCCCACGGAGAACCCACCUGUCUGAUGAGGAAUUCCUCCAGUGGAUGACCUCCAUCGGGGGAACACCUCCUGAAAUACUGGCUAAUCCUGAGGUGCUGAAGCUAUUUUUGCCAGCCUUGAAGGCGGACCUCAGCGUGGUGGAGAACUACAGGUGUAACAGGCCCACCAGCCCUUUCCUCUCUUGCCCAGUCUCGUGCUUUGAUGGCAAGGAAGAUAUGCCACAUGACUUACAAGCAUGGAAGGCUAUGACUAGUGGUGAUUUCACUGUGCAGAUGCUCUCUGGAUCACACUUCUACCUGAAAGACCCAGCAAAUGAGAAACUCAUAUUGGACCACAUUUCAAAACAUCUGGAGACGGCUGAGAUGGACUACUUGUAGGGCACAUUUGAAUGGUCCUUUCCAGGAAGCCAGUCAAAAUGCUGAUCUGCUGCAGUUUAGAUGACAGGCUUUCAAAGUGUCACUCUGAUUUCCAUGUCUUACUAGAAAAUGCAUUGCUAGGCUUAUUUUCAUUUCGUUUUCUUUUUCAUAAUUUGCUUCAGUAAACAGAUUGUUUCUACUUUCCAGACCAAAUUAUCCUAACAAAUGCUCUUUGUUUCAUCAUAUAUUGACAUGACCCGUUGAAUGACUUCAAAAGCAACAGUGGUACAUGAACUCCAAGUAUUUCACUGAUGCAACAAAACCUGGUAUCUCCAAAAUGGCAACUUUAGGGAAAGGAAAGUGCUUUCUUAGCUUUAGCGUACAAUAAUGUAAAGAGAAAUUUGAUCCUCUUUACAUUCAUUUAAGGAAAAUAGAACUAUUUUAUUGUUUUUCCCAAAAUGCCCUCUAUCGGCUUUUCGGCUGAUCUGGGAUCAUUUUAGCAUGUACUGUUAAUAGACCUGACAGCUUAAUCUUGAAUCUGUGUAAAGAAUAUUCUGUACCUGCUCCAUUAAUGUGCAAUUAGGCAGUAACAGUUGGCUGACAUUUCCUCUCUGAAAUGGAAAAAGCAGCUAAACUGAGCGUCCUCUGGGACGUGUGUACGGAGUGUGCUGUCAAACACUACGCAUUGGCUAAUUAUUAGCCAGAAACACUGGCCUGUCUCAUGCACCUGUACAUCUUAAAUAUAUGAUGAAUACUGUUAAUAGUUCAAACAUUAAACCUUAAAAUAAUAGCAAUGUAAUUGUAACAUAAGGAUUAAAUAUUGUAUUGACUAAUAAAGCAGUAUAAUGUCGCAUUAUUUUAUACAGAACUUUGUAAAAGUGUUCCUCACCUAGGAUGUACAAUCCUAUCCUGUACAGAUUUUUUAAAAUACAUUUGAUGAUCAGAGGAAUUAUAAGGAAACUCAUUAAUAAAAAUGAAUAAAUACAUUUAGUGCACUGAA